CUCACCUCUGAACAGGAGCCCACCCUCCACCCCUGACACCAUGACCCACUGCUGUUCCCCUUGCUGUCAGCCUACAUGCUGCAGGACCACCUGCUGCAGGACAACCUGCUGGCAGCCCACCACCGUGACCACCUGCAGCAGCACACCCUGUUGCCAGCCCUCCUGCUGUGUGCCCAGCUGCUGCCAGCCUUGCUGCCACCCAACUUGCUGUCAAAACACCUGCUGCAGGACCACCUGCUGCCAGCCCACCUGUGUGACCAGCUGCUGCCAGCCUUCCUGCUGCAGCACACCCUGCUGCCAGCCCACCUGCUGUGGGUCCAGCUGCUGUCAGCCUAUUUGUGGGUCCAGUUGCUGUCAGCCUUGCUGUCACCCGACUUGCUAUCAAACUACCUGCUUCAGGACCACCUGCUGCCAGCCCACCUGCUGCAGGAACACCUCUUGCCAGCCCACCUGCUGUGGGUCCAGCUGCUACCAGCCAAGCUGUGGGUCCAGCUGCUGCCAGCCUUGCUGCCACCCAACAUGCUGUCAAACCAUUUAUAGAUCCACCUGCUGCCAACCAUCCUGUGUGACCAGCUGCUGCAGCACACCCUGUUGCCAGACAACCUGUGGUGGGUCCAGCUGCUGUAGCCAAACCUGCAAUGAGUCCAGCUGUUGUCUGCCUUGCUGCCGUCCCACCUGCUGCCAGACCACCUGCUACAGGACCACCUGUUGCCGCCCCAGCAGCUGUUGCUGCAGUCCUUGCUGUGUCUCCAGCUGCUGCCAGCCUUCCUGCUGCUAAUCCACUUGCUGCAGACCCACCACCCACCAGAGACAUAUUUCCUGAAACAUUUUGUCAAAGUUCCUAUUCCACCAAGAAACAUUUCCUAAGCUUUUCUGAGAAACAACAUUCUGACACUGAACUUUGUGAUCAUCUUCUUCCUACCAUGCUUGGGAUUCUGCUGAAGGUAUGCAGUCUACCUCACUUUCAUUCUUCUUCAUUCCCUCUGUGUUAAUGUACCAGAUGGUGGUCAGUCAGCUCCACCUAACUGACAUGGAUACAUGGUCUCAGCCACAGAAAGUGGUCAUCAGCUUUUGCCCCUAUGGAACUUAAAAAAAAUUCUUAAGACUGCAUAUCUAACUCUCUAUAAUGAUCAAUAUUGAUCAUCUUUUUAGAUAUAUGCAUUUUAUUUAGUAGCCUCUGCCAGAUUACUAAACUCUUUCAUGAUCACUUUUAAUUGUCUCCCUACCUGGUCUUUCCUAAUAAAAUUUAUAUUAUCCUGCA